AGAGCCUUGCGUUGCUCGUCGCUUUUUUUUUUACUCUUUUCUAGAGAACUUUAGCCCUGCACUCGUCACGGUGCGGUUGCAGUAUUCGCAUAGGAGAGACAUUAGUUUACCACCAUGGGCAAGGUUAAGAAGCAGGCGGACCACGCCAUCAAGAAGAUUCUCAUGAAGGAGAAGUCCCUCGCUCAGAAGAAGAAGCGCGAGGCGGAGAGCUAUCACGAAACCCCUGAGAGCAACACCACAAAGCAGGCAACGAAGGACUACGCAGCCGUGGUGUACCGCAAGGCGCAGCUGACCCAAGCUGCACCAACGCAGACCGCACAGUUUUUGUCUUACAACACGGCGCUGGGCCCGCCGUACCGCAUCUGGCUCGACACAAACUUUAUCAACUUCUCGAUGCAAAACAAGAUCGACAUUGUCCAGGGUCUGAUGGACUGCCUGCUGGCCAAGGUGAUACCGUGCAUCUGCGACUGCGUGUUUGCGGAGCUGGAGAAGUUAGGCAAGAAGUUUCGUAUAGCGCUGAAGCUGGCACGUGACAAGCGCUUUGAGCGUCUGACGUGCGACAGCAAGUACGCCGAUGACUGCGUCGUGCGGACGGUGACCCAGCAUCCCAUCUACAUCGUGGCGACGUGCGAUCACGAGCUCAAGCGCCGUCUGCGCAAGGUUCCUGGUGUGCCCAUCAUGUACAUCGCGAAGCACCGCUACACAAUUGAGCGCCUGCCGGAGGCGUACGGUGCGCCACAGUAG